CUGUGGUCAGUAGCUGCUCUCGGCUUUCUUUUCUGUCCAGAUAAGUAUGAGAGUUUUUUAUUCAAAUAAUUUCUAGAGAUUUAUUAAGAAGUUGGAAAAUGUUAUCUGCGAUCGUAAAAGAACACCAGAGCAAGCAAGCUGCUAGAAAAGAAAGGCAAGAACAGAAACGUAAGGAGGCGAUCGAAGCUGCGAACAAGCUGACGCAAGCCCUAGUUGAUCACCUUAACGUUGGGGUUGCCCAGGCUUACUUAAAUCAGAAGAAGUUGGAUGCCGAGGCUAAACAGUUGCAACACAGUGCAACGAAUUUCGCAAAGCAGACCCAGUCCUGGUUGAACUUGGUGGAAUCCUUCUCGAGUGCCCUGAAGGAGAUAGGCGACGCGGAGAACUGGGCCCGGAGCAUCGAGGGAGACAUGAGAAUCAUUGCCACUGCUUUAGAAAAUUCUUACAAAGCCACCCAAGAGUCACCUGCUCCUAGCACGGCCUGAAGAACCGCUGCUCUUAAAAAUGCCAUGACGUUCCACAAACUUCCUUCUUGUAAUCGCUUUCUUGUACUAUACUAAAAUAAGAAGAACAAAUUAAUAAAUGUUAAA